AUGCAGGAGCAAUUCGCAGCCAGCGCAGCCCAGGGCGAUGCCCGACCCGCGGCCAAGGUCACACGCAUCACGCGCCGCCCCGCAGCGCCUGAUGCCGCCGCUGGCGGCACUGGCGGCGCGGCCCCGCCGCCGCCCGCCAGCCAGCCCCAGCCAGCUCUGCAUGCGGCACGCGGGUGUGCACUGCACGGGCCCGGGUGCCAGGGCCACCAUGGCCACGAGGUGCAGCAGCAGCAGCAGCAGCAGCAUGCCGCUGGCGGGCCCCAGCAGGCGGCAGGCCUGCUGGCUGCGAUGCAGGCGGCGCUGAAGGGCAUUGUGGGCGAGGUGCAGGAGCGGCCGGUGGCAGCAGCAGCGCCGCCGCAGCCGCCAACGGCGGCCGAUGCAGCUGCAGCAGCGCCCUUCCCUGAGGCCACCCACCGCAAGCUCUCCAAGUUUGCGCUGGGGCGGCAGCGGCAGCGUGCCGCAGAGGAGCCGGCACCCGGGCCAGCCAUGGCGCCAACUGUGCUGCCGGCAGAGGCAGCUGGAGGCCGCUCGCUGGAUGAGCAGGCUCGCAUCGACGCAGAGAACCGGCAGCUUCUGGCGGCCAUGACACCAGAGCAGGUGGCGGAGGCCAGGGAGGAGGCGGUGCAGCGCCUGCCGCCCGCCGCCGUCGAGUUCCUGCGCCGGCGUGGCGCCGAAAAGGCCAAGGCGGCAGCUGCGGCGGUCCCCUCUGCCGGCGCUGCACCGUCCGCAGCUGGUCAGCAGGCUGCCUCCCCGCCACUCGCCGCGCCUGGCAGCGGCGGCGACACAGGAGCCGCUUCUGCGAGCAAUGCCAGGCCGGCGCAGAGGCCGCGCCAGCAGCCGCGCCCGCAGCGGCAACCCGGCAGCGCAAACCAGCCCGGCGCAUCGAGUGCCAGCAUUGCCGGCAGGCUGCGCUUUGGGAUUGACGGCAGCGUGGAGGGGCUGCGGCCGGCCGAUGCCACCGUCGAUGCGGCGCCCGCCGACGUGGCUGAGCGCGACCCCAUCAGGCAAGCAGGACAGCUGCAGGGCGAGGGCCUGGGUGCAGAGGGCUACAGCGUGCAGGAGGCGUGCCUGCUGGCGCGCAGCACGCUGGCGCAGCAGCGCGUGCUGGCGCUGCGCCUGCUGGCUGCUGUGCUGGCGCUCAGCAGGCCCAGCGUGGCGUGCAGCAGCUCUGUCCGCGUGCCGCUGCCACCUGCAAUUGCGGCCGAGCUGCAGCAGCAGGCGGCUGCGGGGCUGGAGUGGGUGGCGGUGUGGCACCAUGCCCUGCAUGCUGCCGACGUGGUGCUGCUGCUGCGCCGAUCGCUGGACGACGCCCAUCCGGCGGUGGCGGCGGCAGCGGCGCAGGCCCUGGCGGCGCUGCUGGGGGCCGCGGGGCCGGCGGGCGCCGCCGAGGAGGCGGCGGCAGAGGGCACAGAUGCGGCGCCGCUGGCUGGCUGGCCCGCGCCGCCGCUGCGCCACAUGCAGCGUCCCACCGCCAGCGGGGCCUGGGUGGCAGCGCCCGUCGGCGCGGCGCAGUGCCAGCUCAGCGAGGCUGCCGAGGAUGAGGAGGCGCUGGAUGAGCAGCAGCUGGCUAAAGUGGACCCGCUGUCAGGCCUGCUGCACAUGCAGCUGCUGGAGCGCGUCGCGUAUCUGCUGGGGGCGGCCGGAGCAGCGGCGGCGGCAGACCCCCUGCUCUCCAUCCUCAUCAGGUGCUGCCAGGCUGGCAAGGAUGUGGCGGACCAGGUGGUGGCCACACCGGGCAUGCUGGACGCGAUCAAGGCUGUGCUGGAUGCCCCCCCGCCUCCUGCGGCGGCAGGCGGUGGUGUGGUGGCCGCAGAGGGCGGCGCCGCCGGCGGGGCGACGGCAGCGGCGUUCCAUGCGGGCCGCCCCAAGGCGCUGCGCCUGCUGCGCCAGCUGGCGCAGGCCAGCAAGGCCGCCGCGCGCCUGCUGCAAGAGGCCGGCCUGGUUCGCUUUGCGCUGGAGCAUCUGCUGCGCCCGGCGGCGGCUGCAGGGGCAGGCGGGCCGGGGCAGGCGCCCGCCAGCAGCGGCACAAGGCGGCGGGGCCAGCUGACUGAGGCGCUGCGCCUGUGGCGCUGCUUCGCCCAGCACGGCUUCUACCUGCUGCUGCUGGAUGAUGCCUACCCUUCCCUCUGCACCUCCUUCACGCCACAGCUGGCGCCGGCGGCAGCGGCGCAGCCGGCCGCGCUGUCGUGCGAUGAGCUGCAGCACUGGUGUGGUCCACACGACUCGCAGCUCAGCCCGCAAUGCGCUGCGGCACUGGCGGGCGGCGCCUUGAGCUGGCUGGGCCAGCUGCCCCUGCAGCAGCUGCUCGAGGCCUACAGCACCAGCGCCAUCACCGGCAGCCAAUCACUAGCAGCAGGCGAGGUGGGGGCGAGGAGCGGCCGCAGCCCGUACCCAGCGCUCGCAGCGGCAGGCGGCAGCAGCCAGCAAGCUGCGGUGCUGCUGGGCACGCUGGCAGCAGCGCUUCACUUUGUCGGCAGCUACUGGAGCGUGCAGGUGUGGCACACGGCAGCCGAGAAGGCAGCCGCGGCGGGCCGGCUCGCAAAGCUGGGCUUGUUGCCAGCACACAGCUCCGGCACCAGCGCUGGUGCAGCCAACGGCGACAGUGAGCAGGGCCUCUCCGUGCUGGAGGCGGUGAGGAGCAUUCUGCAGCAGCUGGUGUCCUCUGACGCCGCUUGGGCAGUGCCAUCUGCGCUGCCACAGCCCAUGGCAACACCUGGCAUGGUGCCCGCAGCCGCUGAGCUGGCCGUGGCACUCGCCAGGCUGGCUGCCACCUUCCUGCCACCACCCCAAGCGGCAGAUGCAUCUGCCAGCCUCCUGGCGCCGCUGUAUGGCCAGCGAGGGUCUGCCAGGUUCCUGGCAGCUGCUCAAGCAGCAGAUGCCGCUGUGUCGCAGCCCUGGGACGUGGCCAGGCAGCUGCAAGUGCUGCCCCUGGCGCGCGCAGCCGCCCUAGGGUUGCAGGCAGCUGGCCGUGCAAGCACCAGCGAUGGCGGGGUUGCGCCCCAGGCACAGCACUGGCCUGCAAUAGCAGCAGCAGACACCGCGCAGGCAUUGCUGCGGCUCCUGCCAGCUGGCGAGGAGCUGCUGGCACUGCAGCUGAUGGCUCUGCUGCUGGGGCCACAGCACCUGGCGGUCACGGCGGCAGCAGCAGCGGCGUGUCUGCAAGCAGAGGCAGCAAGCAAUACAGGAUUGCUGGCAGCUGAUGGCCUGGCAGCGGAUGGCGGCCAGCAGGGCGCCAGUCCACCGGCCCUGCCAGACGCCCGGCAGCUGUCCUCGCUGCUGCUGGCUGGCUACGCAGGUGCCUGGCUAGGGAUGGUGCCGGAGAGCCAGCAGGAGGGCAGCCAGGAGGGCCGGCAAGUUGCAGCUGCUGCGCCGGCUGUGGAGCCGCCCUCGCCAACCGCCUUGCUGCGGCCGCAGGGCUCGCGCCUGCCGCUGCCGGCAGACUGGAUGCUGGAGGAGGCGCCGGUGCCGCCGCCAGAGGCAGGCAUUGCUGCGGAACCGGCAGUGGCUGCCGGCUUCGCCCUGCUGCUGGCGCUGGGCUGGGAGCAGCAGCAGCUGAGCAGCCUGGCGGCCAGGCCGUGGCCGGCGGGGGCAGCAGAGAGCAGGCUGCGCCUGGCCGUGCUGCUUGUGUUUGGGGACUGGGCGCAGGCGGCAGCAGGCGGCGGGUUUGUGCCUGGCGCUGCGGUGGGGCAGGGCGAGGAGUUGGCCUGGGAGCAGCCGCUGGCGCGCUGGUGCCUUGCAGCCCUGAUGCAGCGCUACUGCCCCGCUGCCGACGCAGCCGUCAGCAGCAGCACCCCGUCGGGCGCGGCAGCAGGCGGCGCAGCGGUGGGCGGCGCGGGCGAGCGCGGCUGGCAGCAGCAGGAGGCGCGCCAGCUGGCGCAGCACUUUGCUGCCGCCAGCUACGGCGACCGGCUGUUUGGUGCCGCGGUGGCGACGCUGCUGCGGCGCACGGUGCCGCUGGAUGUGGCGCUGGAGGUUCUGUCCACCCUGGCGGACGAGCAGGCGCUGCACCUGCUGCCCCCGCUGCGCCUGCUGCCCGGCCCGCCAGCAGUCUACCUGGAUGCACCCCCUGUGGGGCACGCACCCGGCGGCGGCGGCGGCGGCGGCGGCUAUGGCCGCGCGUGCUUCGGGGCUGGCGUGCCCGGCACGGACGGCAGUGGCGGUGGCGGCGGCGACAGUGAUGGCAACGGCAGCGGCAGGAGCAGGCAGGAGCUGGACUUGUAUGUGAAGCUGCUCAGCGAGGGGCCCCUGGAGCGAUGCCUGGCUGCUGCCAGCAGCGGCAGGGAGGGGCGCCGCGGCGGCAGCGAUGGCGACGGCGGCAGCUUGACCGCCUGCUCUGUGGCCGUGCCGCUGGUGCUGCACCGCCUCGCCUGCGCCUGCUUCCCAGGCGCGGCGCGGCCAGGCACGGCGGAGACCGCUGCUGGGCAGGCGCGGCGGCAGGCGCUGCUGUGCACCAUCGUGCAGCGCUGCGGCGAGGGGUGCGGCAGCGGCGGCGGUGGCGAUGGCGCAGCCUCUGGGCGGCGCCCGCUGCUGCAGCUGCUUGGCAUGCUGCUGCGCUGGGACGCCGCUGCGGGGCAGCCCUCAGGCGCCGCCAGCCGGGAGCGGGUGACCGCCGUUGAGGCCGCCUGCGCCUCGGCUGGCACGGAUGCAAGCGCCGUGCUGCAGGCAGCGCUCGAGGCGUGA